AUGGAUAUCCAGGAGCCCUUGUUGGCGGUCCAAGGGGAUAACACGACCGAAAAAUCCAAGUCACUGAAGCGUCGAUACCACGAACUCGAGCAGGCAGCCAGUGAUGAAUUUGGCGCAGGAGCAAAUCAUGCUUAUCCUCGCGAGACGCAAGAGAACGGCGCGAGAGCUCUGCAACGCAGGUCGCAAGGUGGUGCUGCCAUUGCCGCCGUUGCAGCAGCAGCAGCAGAGGCGGAAGCUGCCGCGGCUGCCCAGGCAGCCGGCCGAAUACCUCAGACAACGGCAUCAUCCCUCGAUCCCGCAAUGGAGAGCAUAGUCAAAGUCGCGGAAGCGGCAGUUGCUGCUCAGAAUGCUGCCAAACUGGCGGCCUCACAACCGAUUCAGGCCGACCCUACUCUUGACCCAACACUCGCGACGCCCACUGCGACGGCUCAGACCGACAGCAACACGUCGAACCCAACCCCCAGUACGUCUUCCGACACUAGUGGUUCAAGCACAGCUACUACCUCAAGCACCACUACACCUAUACCUGGAAGCCUGAGCAAUAACCCCUACCUCAGCCUCAGCACAAAUCUUCUCGCACGUGCCGGCAUUUCGCCUACAACACCGACGGCACACAUGUUUAUGCCCUACCCCUUCUUCUACCCAACACCAGCCACGCCGGUGGGCACACCCGUUACGCCGAACACGCCAACGUACUCCAUACCGUACAACCCUUAUUACUACCUCGCUACGCCAAUGGCGCCCAGUCCGAACGGGAUGUACCCGCCUGCGCCUGGUUUCCCGCAAGCACCACAACGCCCACCACCUUCACCUGAACCGCAGAAAAUCAAACCGAAACGGCUGAAAGCUCACACCGUCGUAACGAAGAGUUUCAGCAUCCCUAUGGUCCCACGCGACAAGAUGGGUAAACCGAUGUUGCCUCUGAAUGUCGGCAUUAUGACAGUGAUCAGCCUUGGUCAAGUGUGCCUGCGCGAACAUUUCCACACUGAACGGUAUAUCUUCCCGGUCGGAUAUGAAGUGACAAGACGAUAUCUAUCAACAAUAGACCCCUCCAUUGAGGUGGUGUACCACUGCACUAUUCUUGACGGUGGUGAUGGUCCAAAGUUCCAGAUCAUCCCGGCUGAUCGACCCGACAAGCCGGUUAUCGCUGGCACUGCGACGGGAGCUUGGUCGAACAUCGUCAAGCAGGCAAACGCCAUCCGAAAUCGUCAGCACUCAAACUCUGUGUCUGGCCCUGACUUCUUCGGACUUGGACAGAACACGAUUAAGCACCUGAUCCAGGAGCUACCUAACACCGACCGGCUUCGUGAUUAUGUCUGGCAGAACUUCGUGGAGGGCGGACCACUUGGCGGAAGACACGCCGCCGUGAUACCUGCUUUACCGGAGGAAUACGACGCGUCAAUGCCCAUCGGCGCCUACUAUCCACGCAGAGACUCUUCAGACCCCAGUGUGCCACGAGGUCUAUCACAUUACCCUCAACACAUCAUCGCUCAGGCCCAGAAAGCAGCGCAAGCUAAUAGAGAGACGGAUGCACACAGUGCAGGGUCUUCUAACUCUGCCUCGUCCCCUUCCUCUUCGAGCACGCCUCAGCAGAUGACACCUGGAUCGUCUCAGAACGGCCAACCCCAAAUCAUACUUCAGAGUGCGAGCAACGGGCAUGGAUUGACGAUUCAACAAUACCAACCCCCUUUGGCCCAGCCUCAAGCUCAGGCUCAGGCUCAAACGCAAGCCCAGCCGCAAAGGCCGGAGAAACGUACCACGAGGAGCAGCGCAGCUGCGUCCGCGUCCGCGUCCGCUGGACCUGCACGAAGUACACGGUCGACGGCGCGUGGAAGCCAGCAGCAGCAAGCUCAACAAGCUUCUCAACCGCAGCCCCAACAGCCGCCACAACAUCAACAACAGCCUAUUUCUGCACCGGCUGGAGGUUUUGUUGUUACCAAUGGUACGCCCAUGUUGAACGCAGACGGGACAAUGCCCACGACGUUCGUCGGGAUCAUGAGCGCGUAUCCCAUACCUGCGAAUGGUGCUGUCGCGGACAGCAUGGCCGCUCCUACCUGA